AUGACUACCACAAGCUCCGCCCCCGUCUUCACCCCUGACGGCUCCUUGUCCCCUCAUUUGGUUGAGUAUCUGGAGGCUAUGGAGGAACGCAUUAUUUCCCGUCUACUCGCCGCGCUCCGCCCGAUGUACGAGGCUGGCGCGCUGCAACAGAUGCUCGCUAAGAUGAUACCGGUCGUCGUUGCUUCAGUCCAGGAAGCGAUGCGCACCGAGAUAUCACCGGCGGACAACAACACCACCCCCAGGUCGAGACCUCGUAAGGCUUCUCGCAACCAGAGAUCACGCCGCUCUGCUAUCGUCGCACGGUCACACCUCCAGCAGUACGAGAACGUUACCGGGCAACAUAAAGACGUGUUCGAGGACCUUUGUACCGCCUUCAGAGUUCUGAAGCCUCACCAAACCUUUGACGAGUACUAUCUGGAUGUCGCGAGCAAGAAGCCACUACCGUCACUUUCGAAAGCUGAAGAGCGCACCCUUCUCCAUGAACCCCGCGUGGUAUCCAUUCUUGAGUACGCCAGUAGUACUCCUUUACCAGACAUCUCCAGUGACGAGGAAUCCUCCGACGAUUCAUCCGACGACUCGUCGCUAUUCUCGUCGGUCAGCAGCUACAGCACCUUCACUACGGUGGCGUCACCAUCUCCUGAGCUUGACCAAGUCAUUGACAGAGUUGAAGACUCCGCCUACUUACAAGCUGAUGUCGAGGACGACACGAGCGCUCUUGCCGAAGUCAAAGCCUGUCAUGGUGCAGUCUCGGCAGAGCAACCAUCCUCCAUUGAGCCUACAAGGGCCCCCCAGAAUGACGACGGUGCAACUGAUCUGCCCGUUACCGAAUACACCAACGAGGAUGACAACGACAACAACGGCGUCGUCCACGUUGCCGCCUCCAGUGUACAUGAGAACCAGCCCAACACUCAUGAACAGACACACUCGACAGAUUCCACAGACUGCGAUGUCAGUACUAGUGGGCAGUUGAUCGUCCUUGGAGCAGCAUCGCAAACCGAAGCGAUGGAAGUCUGCAUCCCAGAACCUACUCAUUCUCGUCCAGUCGACUCUCAAAACAUGCGGCCAGAGUUCAGCCAGAUCAUGGACGGGAUAGAGUCACCGCCAGCUUCUCGCGAUAUCUCCAGCGUGGUACAAGACGAUAUGGACGAUGUCCAAGUCACUAGCCGCGUGGAUACCGAGGAGCAGAACAUGGUUGACGCGCCCCCGCCUGAGAGCACUACUGAAUCACGAGCGAGAUCCAGGGUCCAGGCAAAUACAAACAAUCAUUGGUGGAACGGCAAGGUCGAUUAUCUGCUGGAGUUGAUUCCUGAUCUUCACCUCGCUCUGCAAAAAGCUCUUCCAAUGAUGGUCCAAGAGAGGCAGGCGAACCGGAUUCCGGUCGAGAUCCUUGACUAUGUCAACAACGCAACAUCUGCGAGAGGGCUUGGCAAGGCUCUCGAAUCCGCCAUGAAGAAUAAGCUGUUGCAUAACGCAGAGUUCAACAAGCUGGAGAAAUACGCAAAAGGAGAGCGUGUUGUCAUCCCAAAAGUCAGCAUUUAUCCUACGAAGGAGACUGGCUCCUCCCCGACUGCUGUCAAUGCUACUGGGCAGUCAGCUAGUCCUCCCGCUGCACCUCAGACGUCGAACAUCGGCGCCUCUGUGACGGGUCCGAAGGCUCUCAUACAUGAAGAGCCGACGACAUCAGAGCCGGAGUCGAUCAAAGAGCGAUUCUCCAGACUCUUGUGUAACGCACGGACAGAAAUGCUUAAAAACCCCAAAUCUGCCUUGAAGAAAUUUCAAGACCAAUUCGAUAUCUCGUUCCAGAACCGAUCGGACAUAGAUGUCAUGAUAGCUUAUCUCAUCAAGCAUCCCCGAUUCAAAGGACGCGAUAGCAGUGGGCUACCCAAAAUCGACAUGGAAAAGACCAUCGACAUCAUACAAGCUCUAUACGACGACUUAAAUCCUCACGGUAAGGAACAGAUCGUCUGGAGGUGCAUGGAAGCUCUGGCCGCACAAGACGUGAAGGUGGAGAACGAGGAACUCUCUAGGUAUAUAAGCUGCGCCCGUCGUCAGAAACCUCUCGAGAUACUCUAUCGAAGCAUCUCAACGUCCAACUUUGCGCUGAAGGAGGCGGUGAAUGGGGAUGGCGCCCUCAGCUGGGAUGACAUGAAGGAUCUCGCAAAGAAGGAAGAGCGCCAUUACUUCGAGGAUAGGUCGAGAGAGAGCAAACUACCUGAGUAUCUGGCAUAUAUGAAAGAGAAGGGGAUGUAUUGGAGCGACAUGGCCAACAUGAAGAAUCUGGUCGCUCAACAGGUGGCUGAUCGGGAUUCGGCUACGGGCCAAGUCCCCGCCACAGAUUUUGUUGAUGGGUCAGAAGCGGCAGUUCCCUCCAAGGGCAAGCGCAGCCUCGCUGAAAUUCCGCACGAUGACGAUGAGCAAGAUUUGAAGCGGUUGCGAGAAGAGCCCGCUGAGCUCACUGAAGAGGAAGAGCGUGCUGCGAGGAAGAGGGGUGCACGAGGGCCUGCUGAGUCUGAGAGCAGCGAGCGCAUAAAACGGAGUCGUGGUUGA